UCGUUUGUCAUCCCGGUGGCACUUCUAAAACUAAAGCUCAUCUUUAAUGCGUUUGAAUGGUUCUCCUGACAUGAAGAGAUAAAGAGGCGAGCCGGCGGACGGUACACAGCUCGGGCAACGCGGCCGAACACGAGGGAAGAUGCCUUCAUCCCGCUGGCUGUUCGUGCUGAUGUGCUGCUGCCUCUUCUUGGUGACGAGGAGCUGCUUCCAGAAAACCACAGACAUUGAAGAUGUAAAUAACAGAACACGCUGUGAUGACCAGGAGCUGCUUACUAAAUACAUAGUGGUCAGCAUGGCAGUGGAGUUAACGUGUCCCGGUCGACAGUGUUAUGAUGCGUCAAGACGUUCCCCUGUGAAAUGGUAUAAGGAUGGUAAACAGAUAUUAAUGAAUGAAGAAAAAAGAGAAUCGCUGAAAAUUAAAAAUGGCGACUUGCACUUGAAUAUCGUCUACCUCACAGACGCUGGCCUUUACACCUGCGAGUUUCACUACACCCACAACGGGACCCUGAUGAAGAUGAGGAGGUCGCUGUCGCUGCAGGUUUCAGGAAAGCAAACCAAAGUACCUCCAUUGAUUUCGAUCCCACCUGAGGGGAAAAGAGUUGAAGCAGAGCUCGGGAAACCUCUGCUGCUUGAAUGCAAAAUCACAUUUGGCUUUGAUAAAAAUUUUGAUCCAAUAAUGAAAUGGAUGGUAGUAGAAAAAGCGUCGGAGAGCAUCCAACUGGAGAAGGAGCAAUGCAGACUGGAGAAUGAGGACAUUCAACAAAGGAUUGUCAUCCUGUCGGCCCAGCUCAGCAAAGUGACUGAAGGGCACUUCAAUGCCCAGUUCAUUUGCUUUGCGGGCAACUCUGUUGGCAACUCGACGGGGACUGUGACACUCGUGAAGACAGAACAAGUGAGCAAACCGGUGCUGACCAUCACGCUGAUCGUCAUUGUGGUAAUGGCUCUUUCGGUCUUUGUGGGCUCAGCCUCUUUUCGUUUGUAUUGGAUCGAAAUCGUGCUGCUCUUUCGAAGUUAUUUCGGGAGGGAUGAAACUGUUGGAGAUGGGAAGGAGUUUGAUGCCUUUGUGUCAUUUGCUAAAGACGUCUCUUCUGAAGAGAGCUGUGAAAGAGAAGACAAAAAUCUGAUUUCUGAAGAGGUGCUUGCACUGAAGCUACUGCCAGACGUAUUGGAGAUGAGAUGGGGGUACAAGCUGUGCCUCCUUGAGAGGGACGUCCUGCCAGGAGGAGCUUACACCGAAGACAUCACCUCAUCCAUGAAGAAGAGCCGCCGAGUGAUUUACAUCCUCAGUCAACGUUACCUAAGCAGCACCAACAUCUUUGAACUGCAGACGGGCAUCACGUAUAUGUUAGAGGACAAGACAUUUAAACCGAUCCUGGUCAAGUUCACCUCGCUUCCUCAAACUGAUGGCCUCCCUGACAUCGUGCAGCGGGCACUGAAGGUUCUACCCAUCAUCAACUGGAAAGACUCAACAUCCGUUGACCCAGACUCCAAGUUUUGGAAGAGCCUGAAAUAUUAUAUGCCAAUAAAAAAAACACAAUUAGUGAGCUGGACACGUAGUUGUACUGAAGAAACCGAACAUGGAAAUGUAUGACGGUGGCGGGUGAGUAAAGUGUCAUGAUGUGUUAUGUCGGGCAGGCCAGGAGGAAGCUGCCCUCGUUCACGUAAGUGUCGUAGGCAUUAUCAUGACAAGAGAUCGCUACCUGCUCCACCUUAGCUACGGGACUGAUGCUUCAUUCAGCUUGGAGACUGGGAGUUAGGGGUAUCAGGACUGGCGUUUGGGUGAAGUUGCCAGGCGAUCGCCUCAGGUGGCAUUUUGUUGUUUUUUUUUUUGAAUCUUUGAACAGCACUACAAGCAAAUUUCACUGGAGGUAAUUCUCUGUUUGAACCACAAGCCUGCCAGGAAGCUUACAGUUAUGGGACUAUAACCUGAUUAUAGUAAUGCAACACCAUAAACUAACCAUAUAAAUUAUAUUUAGGGUCUCAGACUAUCUGAAUACCUCCACCUGCUAACUAGAACCC